CACGGACGGCGAACCGUGGCGGAGAUGGAAGCGAGCCUGUUGCGCCAGUGCCCGCUGCUUCUGCCUCAGAACCGGGCGAAAACCGUGUACGAAGGAUUCAUUUCAGUUCAGGAAAAUGAAUAAUUGCAUUGCUCCACCUUACCUUGAUUAACGCUCCAUUCAACAAUUCUCAUCAAAACAGACAUUGCCAGUAUUAAAUGAAUGGGAUGGAGGGACGAGAUUUUCACCUUAGAAUAGAGUUGCCUGAAGAUUUACAAAUGAAGAAUGCAAGGACUGGUAAAUAAAGAGGAACUUGGAAGAAGAGUAAGGACUGACCAGAGAGAUUAUUAUGUAGUUGGCAACUGAAAACAAUACUUAAUGGAUACCAUCAAAUAGUACAACAGAGAAUGCAGCACUCUCCUGAUCUAAUGAGCUUUCUGAUGGAGUUGAAGAUGGUUUUGGAAGUUGCUUUAAAGAAGAAACAGGAGUUGUGUCCACCACCUCCUCCUCCCCAGUUCUACUCAAGCCUUAUUGAAGAGAUAGGAAUUCUUGGUUGGGACAAACUUGUAUUUGUGGAUACCUGUCUCAGUACCAUCAAGUUAAAAGCUGAAGAUGCUUCUGGUAGAAAGCAUUUAAUUACCCUCAAGUUGAAGGCAAAGUACCCUGCAGAAUCACCAGAUUGUUUUGUGGAUUUUCCUGUUCCCUUUUCUGUUUCUUGGACACCACAGAGCUCUUUAAUAAGCAUUUACGGUCAGUUUUUGGCAGCCUUAGAAUCACUGAAAGCAUUCUGGGAUGUUACGGAUGAAAUCGACGAGAAGACUUGGGUACUGGAGCCAGAAAAACCUACAAGGAGUGCAACAGCACGCAGGAUUGCACUGGGGAAUAAUGCUUCAAUACAUAUAGAGGUUGACCCCAAGCAUCCUACUAUGCUUCCUGAGUGCUGCUUUCUUGGAGCUGACCAUGUGGUAAAACCUCUUGGAAUUAAGCUGAGCAGGAACAUACAUUUGUGGGAUCCAGAAAAUAGUCUGUUACAAAAUUUGAAAGAUGUUUUAGAAAUAGAUUUUCCAGCUCGCACUAACCUGGAAAAAUCUGAUUUUUCUAUGGAUUGUGGCAUUUGUUAUUCAUAUCAACUUGAUGGUGCCAUUCCUGAUCAAGUGUGUGAUAAUCCCCAAUGUGCACAGCCUUUCCAUCAAAUAUGCUUAUAUGAGUGGUUGAGAGGACUGUUGACUAGUAGACAGAGUUUUAACAUCAUAUUUGGUGAAUGCCCAUAUUGUAGUAAGCCAAUUACCUUGAAAAUGUCUGGGAGGAAAUCCUAAAAUAAGAAUGUAACAUUUCUGUGAAGAACUGGCAACCUUAAGAAUUAUCAAAAGGAUUUUAUUUGAUAUCUUCAGAGAAAGUAUAAAGUAAGACCUACUAAAAUCAAAAGAAAAAGAACAAUAAAGCCGUAAUAAUACACGUC